AUGGAGCUUCAAAACUCACCCCCGAAACCGGGGAGCGCGCUGUCGCCUUCUGCAGCGGUUUCUCGAGAGCCUAAACUCCAGCUUCCUUCCACAACCGAUCCGCCAGGACCACAGAACCCACCAAAGCCCCUCGUAUGGCUGAUAUUUGGGGCCACCGGCCACAUGGGUCGCUCCCUUGUGAAGACCGCCUUGUCCCGCGACGACCUCGUCUCCGCCGUCGGGCGCACGUUCGAGAAUAGCCCCGAGACGAUGAAGAAGCUGGAGGACGAGCACGAGAAUUGCUUAGGUCUCCUCUGCGAUGUCCGCGCCCGCGAGACCGUCAAGCGCGUCAUCGACCGCACCAUUGAGCGCUUCGGACGCAUCGACAUCAUCGCGAACUGCGCCGGGUAUGGGGUGAUCGGGGCCUGCGAGGACCAAGACGAGUACGACAUCCGUGACCAAUUCGAGACCAACUUCACGGGUACCCUGAACAUGAUCCAGCUAUCGCUGCCGCAUUUCCGCGAGCGCCGCUCCGGCCGAUACCUCAUCUUCAGUUCAACGUCGGGCGCGCUGGGCGUCCCCGGCCUCGGGCCGUACUGCGCGUCCAAAUACGCGGUCGAGGGCCUAAUGGAGAGUAUGCUGUACGAGGUGGACAGCUUCAAUAUCAAGACCACCCUUGUGGAGCCGGGCCACAUGCGCCGCGAUGAUGUUUCCGAUCUGUUCUCCGACACGGCCACCCCAGCGAACCGCGAUAAUGGGGUUCACAACGAACACAACCUCACGUCCCCGCUGCCGCUCUACGGCCACUUCUUCGUCAAGCCGCCUAGCGAGCCGUACAACACGCCCACCGCGCCGGCGGCUCAUGCGAAGCGUAUGUUAAUGUGGCUGGGCGACAAGCAGCCCGCCAGCGCCGUCAAAGCGGCCCAUCUCGUCUGGCAACUCGGCCAUUGCUCGUACCCUCCGCUCCGCCUCAUCCUCGGCACGUACGCAGUGGAGAGUAUUCGAGACCGUCUUAAGUGUAUCAUUGAGGAGAUUGAGGACUGGAAGUACCUCAGCUUCCCCCAGGGCGAUCAACCAGGUCCUUCUCCGGCAAAGGACAGAUUGAACCACCAAGAGGAAGAUAAGCAAGCGACAUGA